CCAGAGCUAGAGAAGUGGGGAUCUUGUCAUUUACAUGUAGACCAUGUUAAGAUCAUCAAACAGGAGGUCUUGAAACAUUCGAUUGUUAGCCUUCAUCGUGUUCACCUCAAUUUUUGCUCGUGCUAACACGCAAUGUUCGCGGCGUUAAGGCGGUCAUAGUGCAGUUGUAUUAAUAGAGUUCUAUUUAUUGAUAACUGCAUUGACAAUUAUUUAUUGUUAUCAUUAACAACAGUCGCUGCUGUAUGUUUACAAGGAAUCGACGGUAGCCGACAACAAGGGCAGGCCGGGGAGAGAUUUCUGCAUCGCAUUGCAGCAGAACUACCUAGUGUUGAAUCGCAGACUGUGAAAUAUAUCUAAAGCUCGAUUUUUUGAACCAACAUGUGAUAUCAAUUUUUGCAUUACUUGGCCCAUCUUGGAGCAUUGCGCGUAAUAAUACACAUAGCUACUUAUAGAGUGUGAGCUGUGUGUGGACUAUAAAAACUCUAAAAAGCCGUGUGGGCUAGCUGGCCUUGUGUUGUACGCGGCGCCUCGUAAUAUUGAUCAGUUUUAAUGAUGGAGCUUCACGGAUUAUCCCUUGGAUUUAUUAUCUUCGUGUCGUCGUGGCUUUUCUGUAAAGCAGGUGUCCAACCGAAAGAUCGCUUACAGACUGCCGAGAUCGGGAAAGAAGGCCGAGUGAUCUAUGAUGUCCAUGACCGGUAUCAACCGGAUCCAAACCACCUCUGCCCGGAUUUUGACUGCAGGACCCCGCACGGUCCGUGCAACAAUACUGACAAAUACCAGGUUGUCAGUUUCAGCGAACCAACGAACACUGGCUUAGGAUAUGAGUAUGAAUGUGGUAUCCGGAUCCAAGGUGUGUCGGAGAGCGAUGCCGGUGUCUAUAUGAUCUGUCGAAAGGAUUCAAGUCUGAAUCGCUGCCUCGGUAACAACAUGAACGUGACCUUGUCUGUUUGGAGAAAGGAUAUACAUGGACGCAUUUGUACAACAACUGUCGAUAAUGCAACCAGAAAACGGUCGAGCAACUGUACAUUACUCACAACAACAGAAACACCAACAACGACAGAAGACGUUGCUACAACAACUCCUGAGAAGAACACCGUACAAAUCACAGAGUCUGAGGGCGAUGGAAGUAAAAACGAUGCUGUUAUUGGAAAACCAACACCAACACAACCAGAUGACUGGAAUCGGUUGUUGUGCCAAAAGAAAAUUUUGAUUGCUGUCGUGGUGGUGGUUUUCUCAAUGUCAAUUAUCUUUGCCAUCGGUGUGGUGAUUCGGCGGAGAUAUCGACGCAGCUGCCGGGGAAGAAGAAACGACUAUGAACUCGGAGUACGGGUUCCAAAUGGGAAUGCCUCUCUGGCAAAACCCAGCAGCAACGGGCAAGCCAUCCAAGGCGAUUCUGAGGACAACGAUAGUGAGUGAUAACCAGUGUGAUGACCAGAGAGUGAUAUAUAAUAAUAGUAUGCAAGGUGAUUCUGCCAAAGUCGAAUCUCUUGGGACUUGAGAACUCUGUUCGACUUGGACGAAAUUUAACUUGUCAUACAUAUAGUUUCAUGUCUUGGUCUUAUAUAAUGCUUUGAGUUAUGCAAUUAUUCAACUCCAUGGCCGUCAGAUCAGUUGGUAACAACUUACUGAUAAACAUAAGGUGGUGGAUGUGGUAACCGGUAACAUGUAACCAACAUACGAACGUAGAGGGCGUCAGAGCUUUGAAUAGGAAGACUUGUUGCAGAAUCAAGAAGUAUUUUGACCCUUCAAAACCAAUGUCUAGGCCUAUGUUUAUCAGAUGGAGUUUAAUAAGGCGUCGUGGUGUGUAGCCAUGAGGAUCUACAUGUAAUAGUUAUAGACUGAUCAGAAGUGCAAGGUUAUGUCCUUCGGAUGGUGAUGUUAAAGGUUGAUCCCAUAUACGUCCACACCAUGCACACUGAAGACUGUAACAUGGACAUUAAAAACUGAUUCAGCCAUAGACACAGUUUCGAGUCACAGACAUGCAUAUGAAGUGAUGGCCUUGAAGGUAUGUCACCAGAAUCUGUAAAAGCCUUUGAAACAUCCUCAGUAAUGGCCAUCAUAUUGCCUAUGUAAUAAAUUUGACGUCAACCAAAAGGUUGCCUGUUUUACAUGGCCGAGGGGUUGAUAGAGAAAUACUAAACACUGCCAAAGUGGGCGAUGAAUCUUAAGGUCAUCAACAGAGAUUUUUUUUAUGGUGUUGUAGUUUAUUGGAUCAGUCGCCCGUGUUACUGGCUAUGGAUUUCACAAUGGCUUUUAUCUACAUUUGCCUCACUCUACCCAAGUGCAGGUUGUUAAGAUUGGGAUCCAUUCAGUGAGUGCAUGAGACUCGAGUAGAGCCAGAACGGGGAUGAUGAAUUCCAACUCACUUGGAUGCCAUCGCGUUGUGACACACAUGUCACUUGAGCGAAACGUCACAGGGGCACUUGUCUAGAUUUGCCACGCUCGACACAGGUGUAGCCAUUGAACCCUUUUGGGAUCCAAUCGGAAUCCGUGAAUGCAUGGCGUUCUUUGCUGGCUGGCUGGCUACUCACCAGUAGCCAGCCAUAUAUAUACAUAUUGAUAUUUGUGGAAGGGAAGAUGGACAGUGUAAAUUGCAACAAUUAUGUUCACUUAAUCUUCAUUUUUUAACCUAAAAAAGUAAAUAGGCCUUCAUGCAUCAUGGAUUUUUGUUUGUUAUUAUCAUGCAAAGCAUGUGAAUGUUUAUGUUCCAUAGUGUAAAGUGUGUGUACGUUUCCUUUAUAUUUUUUAAUGUUAAUGCGUAUCAAAUAGCGCCAUCUUCGAUCAACGACUGAUUCAUUUUUUAACCAAAGGUUACAAAAGUUACAGAUGAAAACAUUUCAAGAUUUCAUGAACACAAGAUGAAAAUAAUGUAAUGUUAGAUCAUCAAUAGUGCUAGAAAUAUUAUUUGUAAUUUUUAUUUAGUUAUGUAUAUCUAUACCUGAAUUUAUAGUGUAAUUAUGUAUUUUUGUAUUUGGAUGACAUUAAUGUUCUUUUUUUAUAGGAAUUUUAUAUUAUUUUCUAUUUCAAAGAUCCUUUUACCAAAUUAUAUUGUUGAUCGGAGUACUUUUAUUCAUAUCUGAUUUUUAAACUUAUGAAUGCUAACAUUACAGAAUGAUGCAGUGAAAUAUAUUAUCAUAACAACAGCUUUUGUUGGGGAAAAUGAUUUUCCUUUACCGGUAUAUUUGCAUUAUGUCAUAAAAGUUAAGGCCAUAUUAUGUUUGUCAAAUCUUGCCAUUUCCUUUGAAUAGGGAUACAUUUGAUCUUUAUUCAAAAACUUUACACGUUUACGAUCUUUUUUGGUUUGGUUAAUUUGUCUUUGUAAAAGGAGUUUGAGCAUUAAUAGUAUUGAAACAAAAAUGAACUAUACAUAUUGUUCCUCUUUUAUGUAUGAACUGAAUUUUAUUUUUGUUUCAUCAUACACUGCCAAUCGAAGAGGGAGCCUUCUCUUCCACAUAUAAUCCUUUCUAUAUAUUCAUAUUUUGAGAAGAAAAGGAAAAAUCUGGAUAUAAGAUUUAUAUUUCAGGAAAAGAAUAUUUAAAAAAAAUGUGAUUUUACACUCGAGAGAGGCAUUCCUUUAUCACCGGCGAUUUUCUCCUUUAUAUUUUGAAGAGAGAAAAAAAUGCAGCAACAAAAGAUGUCUUUUUUCAGGAUACAAAUUAUUUAUUACUAAAAAUGUGAAUUUGCUGCCAGAGUUCGUGUUCUCUGCAAAGUGGAUGUUGCAACGCAUGGAUGGCAAACUGUAGUGGUGUA